AUGACGGCUCUGGCCUCGAGAUUCCCCUUUGUUCCAAAUACUGGAGACAAAGAGCGUUCUGGAGCGGCUACACUACAGCUGAGAGCCACAGAUAAGGUGGGCUUGGCCAAGUACAUGAGAAACAGUCAAGACGAACUAGCGCGUCUUGCAAACGAGAGUGCCAUUCAGAAAACUUUGAAAAGUUACGACAUUGCCAAGGAGAUUGUCAUGAUCGAAAGGAGCACCAAGAUGCACUCUCCAGCCGGAAGUCCCAGCCGGAAGUCGCGUCAUAGAGUCUAUCGCUCCUAUGGCAAUGAUGAAAAGCCUGAGAGCAAUACUACAAGUCUAGCUUGA